UCAAACUUUUUUGUGACGAAUUAAAGUUCGAUCGGCAUACGCUUAAUUAUAAACUCGUUGACAAUUUAUUGGUUAAUUGAAGAAUCGGUACUUAUCGAAAGACAUUCACGCCACAAUCUUAUCUUUGAUUGCAUAUCGGUACUAUAAAAGUAACAUCUAUUCUAAAAAUGGCAAUGUUUUAUAACCCAGGAUUGUUCUCAGCAAAAUGAUAGUGUUGGCACUGGUUCUUCUUUGCAUCUCAAAUUUUGAAAAUGUCCAAUCUUCGCCAACAAGAUCGAAACGUAUGGUGGAAGGCACCGAGGCGUUUCCGGGCGAAUUUCCUUACCAGGUUUCCAUAAGAAACACGUAUAGUCACCAGCAUCACUGCGGUGGUGUGAUUAUUCAUGAAAAGCAUGUCUUGACAGCUGCCCAUUGUGUAGAUCAAUUCGAUCCGGAGGAUUUCGAAGUAAUGAGUGGUUCCAUAAAUUUGAAGAAACCUGGGCCUGUUAAUCAAGUCAUUGCAAUUCAUGUAGCCAAAAACUUUCAGCAACCUGGCAAAAAUGAUGUUGCAGUAUUGGAGGUUCAAGAUUACUUCAUAUUUGACGAUUUGACGGCUCCAGCGAACUUACCUGCAAAGAAUUACGUUAUUCCAGAAGGUUCACACGCUGUUAUGAGUGGAUUCGGCAGAACUGUGGCUCAAGGCGCUAAUUCAGAUCUACUGCGAAAAGCCAAAACGAAAAUAAGCAAUCUCGAUUUAUGUAGAAAAAUGUAUCCUAAAAAUUUCUUCGAUGAUUCGAUGAUAUGCACCACUAAUUUAGGAAGACAAGGAAUUUGUAGAGGUGAUUCGGGUGGGCCACUAGUAGUGCAAGGAAUAGUGGUCGGAAUCACAAGUUACACGAAUUAUGGAUGUGCGGAUACAAAUUAUCCAUUAGUUUUUGCUAAUGUGUCGCAAUUGUAA